AUAGAUUUGAGUAUUAAAUUUAUAAAAGUAGCUUAGGUUUUGAGGAGAUAAAACAAAACAACAUCUAAAGUACGAAACCCUCCUCGCUUCUCUACCUGUCUAAACUCAAUAGCCAUCCACGCCACCUCAAGCUCACUCGAACCCAGAGCCAAUGGCUUUCGACAAAACCGACGCGAACCCGAACCAAUCUAAAACGGGCAAAGUCCGAUGGGGAGAGCUAGAGGAAGACGACGAUCUGGACUUUUUGUUACCGCCCAAGGAGGUAAUCGGACCAGACGAAAACGGGAUAAAGAAAGUGAUCGAGUACAAGUUUAACGAGGAGGGUAAUAAGGUGAAAAUAACUACGACGACCCGAGUCCGAAAGCUGGCGAAGGCCCGGUUGAAUAAACGGGCUUUGGAGAGAAGGAAUUGGGAGAAGUUUGGCGAUGCGGUGCGUGAAGAUGUUGGGAGUCGGCUCACUAUGGUUUCCACUGAAGAGAUCCUUCUUGAACGACCUAGAGCCCCUGGUACCAAACCAGAAGAAAUAAAGGUGGCAGGGGACGGCUUGGCCCAGCUUAGCAAGGGAGGUGCUGUUCUCAUGGUGUGCAGGACAUGUGGUAAGAAAGGUGAUCACUGGACUUCAAAAUGUCCUUAUAAGGAUCUUGCUGCUCCUGUUGAAACCUUUGUUGAUAAACCUGCGGCAUCGGAGACCUCUGUGGCUGCUACUGGAGCUGCAAAGGGAGCCUAUGUCCCUCCAAGCAUGAGAGCAGGUGCAGAAAGAACUGGUGGAUCAGAUAUGAGACGUAGGAAUGAUGAAAACUCCGUGAGGGUAACAAACUUAUCUGAGGACACCCGGGAGCCUGACUUGCUUGAGCUUUUCCGCACAUUUGGUCCUGUGACUCGCGUGUAUGUUGCUAUGGAUCAGAAGACAGGCACGAGUAGAGGGUUUGGUUUUGUCAACUUUGUAAACAGAGAGGAUGCUCAAAGAGCUAUUAACAAGCUCAAUGGAUAUGGUUAUGACAAUCUCAUCCUGCGAGUCGAGUGGGCCACGCCAAGAUCAAACUAGAAUAUUAUUAUCUUCAUGGCAUUUAUCUUUUCCCGUACAGUCUACAGAUGCAAUUCACUGCCUGUAACUGCAGAUUUUGACUUUUUUUUUUGUCUUUUUUUAAAUUCAUUUUCCUGCAUGAUUCUGUGAUCUGAUACCUUAGAUUUUAUUUAAGUUGAAUUCUUGGUUAUCAUGGUUAA